AUGGUGUACCACAGGGUCCGGACCACGCUGGAUCCAAACAUAGCAGUUGCGGAACCGGCACCUGCGCAGACCGCAGGCCUGCAGAAGCUAACCUCUAUCAUCUGGCAGCAUGGGGACCCAGUCACGGUCAAGGGCAUCAGGAUUAAGAUGAAGGACCAUGAGGGUGGCUUCAUUCUGGAGAACGAUUUCCCACUCAGCCCUGUGACCACCGGAGCCAGUGAUGACAAUAAUAUUAGCAAGUGGGCCGCUCGAAGGAUAGCAAAGCUCGAAGAACAGAUCCUAGCGAUCCAUUACCACAUUGCCACAAUCCGCAUCGAUUUCGAAAUCAACUCAUUGAAGAUCAAUGGACUCCCUCUCAAUACCAUCCGCGCUUGGGUCGGUAACGACGCCGGCCCUGAGAUCCUGGCCCGGUAUGGAUUCCACGCAGGAUCAAAGGGGGUAUCGCAUCCUUCCGGCAUGGUGGUUUCCGUCACGUUGCAGCUACACCUCGUCACCCUCAAUCUAGAAGAGUUCACCGGAAUCUCGAGCCCGAAUGAGUACCUCACGUUUGUGUGGCUCCUCACCAUCCGCCGACCAUUUUACUGGAUUAAUAAUCUCGCCAACAGGGACCAUGAGGGCGGCUUUAUUCGGGAGGACGAUUUCCCUCUCAGCCCUGUCAUCACCGGUGCCAGCGACGAUAUCCAGAUUAGCAAGAUUGAGAUCCUGCGCCCGCCACCGCAUGGCAAGUGUUCUACUCAACCUGGCUGCGACCGCUUUGCGGGGAGUAGAAGGACCCAGGGCUCGCGCCCUGUUGGUCACAAGGGGAACCGCCACGAGCGGGCCCCUUUGGGCGGGAACCGCCACGAGCGGGCCCCUUUGGGCGUGAGGAUUGAGAUCCUGCGCCCACCACAGCCGUGGCAAGCGUUCGAAACCACGACAACCAUCAUGCCCGUCACUCGGUCCCACCCAUUGCAGGAAAUGGCUCCAGUCGGCAGUGGGAAUCCGGCGGCGAGUGGCAACCACCCAUGUUACAGGUUCCGGCCGAACCUCGUGACUGUUCAGCUGAAAUACAUUGCCGGUAUUCCGAGCCAUAAUGAGUACCUUACACGGGCGUGGCUCCCAACAUCCGCUGACCAUUCUAACAUCCGCGACCAAACGAAAACAGUAGCAGUUACGUUCUCCUUGGGACCACGAGGGCGGCUGUAUUCGGGAGGACGACUUCCCUCUCAGCCUGUCACCACCGGCGCAAGCGACGACAUCAAGAUUAGCAAGAUUGAGAUCCUGCGCCCGCCACCGCAUGGCAAGUGUUCUGCUAAACAUGGCUGCGGCCGCUUUGCCGGCAGAACGAGGACGCAGUGCUCGCGCCCUGUUGGUCACAAGGGGAACCGCCACGAGUGGGCCCCUUUGGGCGUGAGGAUUGAGAUUCUGCGCCCACUUUGCCGGGAGGACGAGGACCUAGGGCUCGCUCCCAGAUGGUCACAAGGGGAACCGCCACGAGCAGGCCCCAUUGGGCGUGAGGAUUGA